AGUAGAACGAUAAGCAAGAUCCCCAUAAAGGCUUUACCACCACGAGGCCAGAAAAGAGGGAAAGCCACUUCCAUUUUUACGAUCAAUGGACCCAAGUUUAAGGAGAGGCAAUCCUUCAGUCUACCAAAAUGGCUUAAGUCCCUGUCUCUAACUUCUUCCUUCUCAGAGACUUUGGUUUCCAACCAAGGAACAACAUUCAGUGAGAUGCAGCCAUUUUGUUCGCCGUCAGCAGCUCAGAAGCAAAGUGAUGUCUCGGUGGUAGACUGCAGCAUCGUCCUUCUCAGCAGCUCUUCCCUGCAGGGCCCCAGAUCACUGUGCAGACCCAGCGGAGUAGAAACGCACCUUUAGAAAGCCUUAUGCGAAGGUUGUUUGAGAAACCUGCCAACCUGAGUCUUCGGUAUUUUAGCCGCACUAUUUCUCAUACCUGGGUGCUCUCAGAGAGCCUGAAACAGCCAAGACAUGACUCAGAGCCCAGAGGAACCCGCAGGCACUUUUGAGACUUUGGGAGACAUUAACCUCACUCUCGACUUGCUGAAUAAAGAAGACAGUAUUAGUAAGGAAAGCGUCUAUAGUCAACUCACUUCCAUUAUUCAGAAUUCUGACAUCCUAGAUGAUGCGAUCGUUCAUCAGCUGAUUUAUUAUGCUUCUAAGGACAUGAGAGACCACAAGAUCAACAGAGAAAUCAGAAUGGUCGCCGGCGAGAUUCUGGUGUCUCUUGCUGCGCACGACUUCAACUCUGUGAUGUAUGAAGUCCAGAGCAACUUCAGGAUCCUCGAGCUGCCGGACGAGUUUGUGGUGCUCGCCUUGGCUGAACUGGCAAGCAGCUAUGUGUCACAGAGCGUUCCCUUCAUGAUGAUGACGCUGCUCACCAUGCAGACCAUGCUCAGGCUGGCCGAGGACGAAAGGAUGAGAGAAGCUUUCUGUAUCGCUCUUGAAAAGUUCAGCAAGGCCAUUUAUAAGUAUGUCAACCACUGGAAAGAUUUCCCCUACCCCAGAUUGGAUGCCAACCGCCUCUCUGACAAGAUCUUCAUGCUAUUCCGGCACAUAAUGGAGCGGUGGGCCUCUGCGGCCUCACGGGUGCAAACGUUGGCAAUCAUUAAGGCCCAUGGUCCUACAGUGAGCUUGCUGCUUCACCGAGAAGACUUGUGUGAAUAUGCCCUGGGUCAGGUGCCCUGGCUCCUGAACCAGUAUAAGGACAAAGAGAUUGACUUCCACAUCACGCAGAGUCUAAAGCAAAUACUGACCGCGGUCGCCCUCUACGACGUCUCCCUCCCAAAGCUGUUGAGAAAACACAUCUUUGUCAAUUUACUCCACCAGGUUUGCAAAGUUUUAGAUCCUCCAGUAAAGGAAAAUGAAAUGGAAGCUUCAAACUGUUUUCUUAUUCUAGCCCAUUCCAACCCUGCAGACAUGAUAGAAUUCUUUGAUGAACAAGUACGCAGCAAUAAUGAAGCCACUCGGACAGGAAUCCUGACUUUGUUAAGAUCAGCUCUCAGUGCUGGUGAGCCCAACUUAAGAGAUCACAUCAUUUCCAUCGAAAAAACUGUCAAAGUCAUCCUGGGUGACCUCAAUAUAAAAGUGAGGAAUUCCAUCCUCCUUCUCAUCCAGACCAUGUGUGCAAAGCGCUACAUUGAGCCCCAGGAAGGAUGGCCACUGAUAGACUAUGUCUUCGCCCAGUUUGCAAUGUCAAGCAAGAAUCUGGAAAAGCCAGUGAAGCCAAACUCUGCCGAGAACGAACUGGGAGAGAAAUCUGUCAAAGAAACGAGCCUGGAGGUCUUAAAAACCCUGGAUCCACUGGUGAUCGGAAUGCCUCAGGUGUUAUGGCCCAGAAUCCUGACUUUUGUGGUGCCGGCUGAAUACACAGGAACUCUGGACCACCUUCUGGGCAUCAUCCGGAUCCUUAUCACAGCAGAGGAGAGGAAGAAGGGCGCCAAAGAGUCGACGGCCCUCGUCGUCUCUACAGGAGUCGUGAAACUUCCUUCGCCACAACAACUGCUGGCCAGACUUCUGGUAAUAUCUGUGCUCGCCGGUGUAGGAAAAUUAUGUGGGAUUGGUGCAGUAAGACUUUUGAAGAUACUACCAGAGAUAAUUCACCCUAAAUUAGUAGACUUAUGGAACACACAAAUACCUGAGCUUUUGAAGUCUCUGGAAGGAAAGAGCAUCAAUAUCUCACAAUGGGAAACCAUGCUGCUUCAGUUGCUCAAAGAAUCCUUGCAGAAGAUUGGUGACAUAGCUUGGACCACUCAACUGAUUCGGGAUUUCAGCCAACAAAUGGGCGGUUACAGCAACACUUCCACUGAGAAGAAAUUCCUUUGGAAAGCCUUGGGGGUCACCUUAGCAUCCUGUCAGGACACGGACCUUGUAAACUCCCAGAUUAAGCAGUUUCUAGCUGCGCCCAGCCAGCUGGGUGACCAACGACAGGGAAUAGCAUCUAUUAUGGGAUACUGUGCCGAGAACCAUUUGGACACUGUUUUAAAAGCCCUUAAAACAUUCCAAGAUCAGGAAAACUUUUUCAUGAAUCGCUGCAAGGGCAUUUUUUCUGGGAAAAAGCACUUGAGCAAGACCGACGUCAUGGUGAUCUACGGGUCUGUGGCCAUUCACGCUCCCAGGAAUCAGCUCCUCCCCAGACUGGAACAGGACAUUGUCGCCCAAGUCCUGUCAUUUUAUACCCAGUGUUCUCAGGUCCUGGGCAUGGCGGUGGUGAACAAGGACAUGGACCUGCAAAUGAGUUUCACCAGAAGCAUCACUGAAAUCUGCAUUGCGAUCAAAGAUGUUGGGGACCCCCAAUUCAAGUUUUCCUACAAGGAGGAGCUGGUCGGUUAUAUGCUGAAUUUCAUCAGGGAUGAGCCUCUGGACUCCUUAGCUAGCCCCAUCCGGUGGAAAGCCUCAGUCGCCAUCAGAUACCUCAGCCAGCUGAAUCCUCAGCUCUCUCUAAAUGACCAUCUUAAUAUUCUUGAAGAGAAUAUUCGGAGGCUCCUGCCCCUUCCACCUCUAGAAGAACUGAAAGAUGACGGCCAGACGGAUCAGGACAAAGAGCACAUCCAUUUUCUCUAUGAACGAUCCAUGGAUGCCUUAGGAAAACUCGUGAGAACCAUGAUGUGGAACAACACUGAUGGAGAAGACUGUCACGAGGUCUUUAACCUUCUGCGAAUGUGGCUUGUUUCACAAAAAGAGUGGGAGAGAGAAAGAGCCUUCCAGAUCACCGCAAAAGUGCUGACAAGUGACAUUGAGGCACCAGACAACUUUAAGAUCGGCGCCCUGCUGGGUCUCCUGGCUCCUCACUCCUGUGACACCCUGCCCACCAUCCGGCAGGCCUCUGCUAGCUCAGCUAUCGGCCUGUUCUGUAUGAAAGGUAUUCAUCUGGAACUGGAAAGACUGCAAGGUUUGCAGGAAGGGCUGGAAUGUGCUGAUGAACAGAUUCAGAUCCAGAUUUCUUCUAAAUUGGCAAAGAUCGUCAGCAAGCUGAUUCCAUGUGAAGACAUUAUCAUGUUCUUGGAAGAAACCCUGGAUGGUCUGGAGAGUCUGAGCCCCAAGUGUACAAGGGCCUGUGGCAUCUGGAUGACCACUGCCCUGAGGGAGCACGGAGCUGAGCUGGAAGAUCAGGUGCUGGAGAUGCUGAGCAUCAUUUAUCACCACAUGCCGGUCCUCCGGCAGAAAGAGGAAAGUUUCCCCUUUGUCCUGGAAGCCAUCAGCCAGAUUGCCAGCUUCCACAUGGAGGCCGUUGUUUCCAACCUGUUGCUAAAGCCUCUGCCUUUUGACAGGAACACGAGGACAAUCUGGAAAGCCCUGGCAGAGAACCCGGCCUCCAGUGGCAAACUGCUGUCAGCCUUAACAGAAAAACUGCAGAGCCAGUUAGAAGAUGACGUAGCCGGGCCAGAGUCAAUCUCAGUAGCCUGUGCAAUACAUGAAGUGGUGUCCACAGGAACGUCUGUCUCAAAGGUGUACGCAGAGCUGUUCACUGUCCUCCUGAAGCUGGUCAGCUGCACCCUGGGCCAGAAGAUGUUGACUUCCAUCGUGAGCCACCGCCGCCGGCGAGUGCUACUGCCCGGAGAACAGCAGCAGAUGGCAGAUCCCUGCAGGCUUUCCACAACAACGCUGAAGUGCGUACAAGCCCAGGCCAUGAGAGAAGGCCUCGCCAAAGAGUCUGACGAGGGGGACAAUUUAUGGACCUUGCUCUGUAACCCCAACACCCACCACUUAGGGAUAUGUGCACUGGCCAGGAGCAUGGCCGUGUGGCAGUACGGGAUCAUCCUGGACAUCAUGGACCGACUACAGCCGUCUCUCACGUCCUCUUCAGAGAACUUCCGCAUAACGGGCACGGCCUUCUACUCUGAGCUCAUGCAAGAGCCCGUUCUCUGGAAGCACGGGAAUCUGCAGGAUGUGCUGCUCUUGAUGGACCAGAGCGCCUGGGACUCUAACGUCAUUCUGAGGCAAAUGGCCAUCCGAGGGCUUGGGAACGCAGCUUCUGGAGCCCCUCAGAAGGUGAAGAAGCAUAAGCAAAUCAUACUGGAGUCUACCAUCAGAGGCUUGUAUCACCUGGCCCGCACAGAAGUCGUCUCUGAAAGCUUGAAAGCUCUCAGAAAGAUCCUGGAGCAGCUCACAGAACGUGAUGUGAGCUUCUACUUCAAAGAAAUAGUGCUGCAGACAAGAACCUUCUUUGAAGAUGGGCAGGAUGACGUGAGACUGACGGCCACCCUCUUGUUUGAGAAUCUGGCAUCCUUAUCGGGGAAAAAGUGGAAGCUCUUUUUUACAGAGGAAAUUAAAAAGAGCAUGAUUUCCUUCCUUCUCCACCUCUGGGAUCCCAACCCCAGGAUCGGAGCUGCCUGCCGUGAUGUCUUGAACAUCUGCUUUCCCUUCCUGGGUCUCCAAGAAGUCUCUGGGGUAUUAGAUCAUCUCUUUGACGGUCACGAUGUACCGAGGGCCAGGGAUUUCUACAGGCAAUUCUGUGUGAAACUGGCAAAGAAAAACCAGGACAUUCUGUGGAUCCUCCACACACACUCAUUCACCUUCUUCGCUAGCAACUGGGAGAUGAUCAGAAGCGCAGUCAUCAAGCUCACAGAUGCCAUUGUCCUCAAUCUGACCAGCCACUAUCUCAGCUUAAUAGACCAGGAGCAGCUGACCGCACGGCUCCAGGCACUUCGGCAAGACCCCUGUAUCAGUGUCCAGAGAGCCGCUGAAGCUGCCCUGCAGACCCUCUUGAGAAGAUGUAAAGAGACAAGCAGCCCUCUCUAAACCACCAGUAAAUAAACCAUUAGGCUUUUUCUACAACUCA